AUGACCAUCCUGAGGCUAAAGCGCACUACUCACGCACCAACACCUUCAACACAAGCCCAUAUACUUCCCCGUCUCCCUCUAGAACUUCGGGCGCAAAUUUACCACUUCGCUAUCCUCCCCCUCUGCUCACGCAACAACUUAAACCAAGUCACCAUCACCGCCGCCGACGCCGUCCACGGCAGCGACGCACGCUAUCCCUCUUUCCUACCCUCCGUAUGCCGCGUCAACAAAGCCACGCGCAUCGACAUUGGGCUAUGGUUUAUUAGGCAGACAGAGUUUAGCGUUCUAUACGUCCAGCACCUCGUCCACUUCUCCCAAUUUCUCUCGACUUUCCCGCACAACCAAGGUUUCGCAGCAAUCCGCCGGCUGGAUUUUCAACUCUUCAGUCGCCAUAAACCCAGCCCUGGUAAACCAAACUCGAGCGUCGAGUUUAUGAAGAGAUGUCCAGAAUUGACACAAGUACACAUGAAGUUCGACGUAUGGCAGCUUGUCCAGCACGAGAAAGAGCAAUGGACACCUGUAGAUACGGAGUUAGUUAUGUUGGAGGACAUUGCUUCGACCUUCGGACUUGCUGCGUUAUUGGACGUGGGGAGCCUGGUUACGCUGACGAUUGAGUUGUGGCCGAAGACUAUAGCGCGUACGAGUAUGGGCAUCAAGGUCGUGGUGCCGGAUUGCUGGCCCGCGAUGGAAGAUGUAGUAGCGUGGCUAAGGAAAGGCUUCAAGGAGAGGGGCAAGAAAGUUGAUGUGAAGUUUGUUGAGAGUGGAAAUGCGGGGAUACGGUGGUAUGGGGUGCAGCAGAGUUUGGGCAUGGGAGUGUAG